CCUACCCUACACCCAUAGGUUAGACCCGACCGUCACACUAUCAAGCGUGAGUUAUUUUAGCUCCCAGCUCGGACAUUUCUCUCCCGUACCACCCCAGCAAAUCCGCUUACCAUUGUAUACCUACACCGUCUCCUACAGCAGACAUUUGUUACCCAGUUGCUUUAUCAGCUACCUUACCGCCAUGGGUGAUGUAAUCUUUCAGGACCCUCUGGAGUCUCUCCGCCUGUUGCGGAGGAGUGGCGCCAAUGUGGACGCAGCAACAAAUGCUGGGGAAACCGUCUUGCAAGAAUUAGUCAAAUCGGGCCACGUUGACGCUGUGGAAUGGCUGCGCGAAUACUGCACGAACAUCAACGCACAGACAGAAGUGGGAGAAACAGCUCUUCACUGGGCUGCUGCAAACGGCAAUCCCGACAUGGUAGAUAUCCUACUUCAAUGUGGCGGCGAUACCAGUCUCAAGACAGCGAGAGGUGAGACGCCGCUUGAUUGUGCCAGUCGCAACAAGAACAGCGAAAUCAGAAGCACCAGGGAAAGCCAAGCCAGGGCUGUCUCCGGAUAUCACUCUGUGGGCUGUGCUCAUUGGUAUCGACGAAUACGCAAAGUCCAAUUACCAAUCAAGCGGCUUCAGCAAUUUAAAAGGCUGCGUCAAUGACAUUCUCCUUGUGGAGGAGUAUCUACGUGACUUCUUGGGGGUCAAUCCGAGUCGCGUAACGAAGCUUGCUUCAGGCCAAGACGAGAACAAUAUCCCGACAUACCAAAACAUCAUCAGAGCUCUAGAGUCUACGACAGCCGCAGCGUCACCAGGA